AUGGAGUAUGAGCCUAUCCGGCAUCUGCCAGGCGGCAAUCACAUCCGAAUUUUGAGCCUGGCUCCGAGCGCAAAUUUGUCUGAUCCAAUUCAUGUCAAGUUAUCAGUUGUCAAGCUGGCAGACGAGCCAACUUUUAUUGCUCUUUCUUAUGUCUGGGGAUCUGAAGUUGGAAAGCUGCCGAUCACUUGCAAUGGUGAACAAUUUCUUGUUACGCAAAAUCUGGACUCUGCUUUGCGCCACUUACGCGACGAAGCCAAAGAGAGGAUAUUAUGGAUCGAUGCUAUUUGUAUCAACCAGAAUGAUGAUCAAGAACGCGGUUUUCAGGUUAAUCUCAUGAAAGACAUUUAUCGCAUGGCACAUGCCGUUGUCAUCUGGUUAGGAGAGGCUGAUGCGGACAGCGAUCUGGUUUUCCCACUAUGCGAGAAGAUGACUGAAAGUAGACUUGAUCUGCUAAAAGAUUUAGAAUCCGGACUCGACGUCGUAAUGGGCCCGAACCGAAAGCAGAUCUUAGAGAAAAUGAUGAGAGACGCAAAAAAGCGAAAUGCAGAGAAAGAAAGGGAGGCGGCAAACCUUGAAAGCGUCUCGGAUACAGCCUCCAAUGUUGCCUCCAAAGUCGAUGGCCCCUCUGAAGUUGAUGGUACUAUUGCCAACACGGGAGACGAGGAAGUCGACGUAUCUGAUGCUAGCGACGAAGAAAUUUCAGCCUUCAUGAGAUUGAUUGCUCGCCCAUGGUUUACUCGAUGUUGGAUUCUCCAGGAAGUCUGCCUUGCAAAACAGGCAGUGUUAUUGUGCGGUACCCAAGCGAUUGACUGGGAUAUAUUCUACAUCGGCUUUGUAAUAACCGUUCUUAUGAGCGAAAAGGGACUCCGAGGCCGACCAGAGCAGCUCUUUCGAACGGCACUGGUACUAAUUGGCAGGCUACGAACAAAAAUACACGAUGAGCAAUCGCCAUACGAAGGUGCCGGGCUUCUGUGGCUACUUAGUAGGGUAUGGUCACUGAGUGCGACAAACGCCCGGGACAAGGUUUAUGCCAUUCUAGGUCUUCUUGGCGAGAAAGAGUCUCGGGAGUUGAACAUAAUACCUGACUAUACACAAUCAGUUGAAGAAUGCUACCAGAAGACCUCUCUACUCAUUAUGUCCCAGACGAAGAAUUUGGACAUUCUCCAUACCGAUCGCAUAUUUGAAUCCACGCUGGACUUGCCAUCGUGGGUUACAGAUUGGAGAAGUUUACCUGAUCCUAGCCCCAUAUGUCUAGAUCCGCAUUCACACGAUAUAAAAGGAGAAGAGGAAGACAAGCGACCAUUCAACGCUUCGCUUUCUACCCAAUGGACACCGAAAAUUAGCUCUGAUGCGAAAAUCCUGAUGCUAUCUGGGUAUGACUUUGAUGAAAUAAUAGAAGUGGAAGAUAUUCUUACCGUUCCCGCUGCCGACCAUAACGAUAUUGCCGGAAUGGCAAGUUCCAUAUCAAACGCCACGAGCUUUAUGAAAAGAUUAAUCCUCGGCCUGGGCUCCUAUUUCGACAUUUUAGUAAAAUGGGAAGCCUUAGCCACGUCCAAAAAAUACUCAAAAUACCCGACUGGCGAAGACACAGAAACUGUAUUUGCCAUGACCAUGUGCACCGGAAGCAUUGAUUCGCCUGAACUGGCGCUUCAGAGAUUUCAAAAGUGGCGCAAAACGCUUCGAGGACCUCGGAAGAUGACUUUCCUGAAGAAUAUCGGUAUCAACGGCGGCUUUUACAAGACAAUGGUUGCGGCUGUGGGGAUAGGCUCCGGGCUUAGCGUUGUGGAUGACAGGGUGUAUGCCACCGCAACUGAAGCGACACUAUGGCGACGCUUGGCCAGGACAAAGAAGGGGUACUUGGCGGUUAUUCCCAGUCAAACAAUUGUUGGCGAUCAUGUUGCUCUAUACAAGGGUGGUAGAAUGCCGUUUGUUGUUCGUCAACGAGAGGCCAACAAGAGGGAGCUCAUAGGACCAUGCUAUGUUCACGGUAUCAUGUAUGGAGAGUCGUGGGAUGAGGCGCUGUGUAACGAUGUAGGUAUUAUCUGA